CCUUAGCUGUGGCUCCUCGGCCUCCUCCGGCUGCUGCCUCUGCUGCUGCCUCCUCCUUCCCCACCUCCUCCGUCCGGGGAGAGACCGCGGGGCCCGAGGGGCGGCGGCAGCGGCGGCAGCGCUAUGGAGCCGGGGCCGGGUGGCCGAGGCGCAGCGCGCGGACAGCGGCCCCCGAACGCCGCGCAGCCCCGGGAGCAGGAGCGGAAGCUGGAGCAGGAGAAGCUGUCCGGGGUGGUGAAGAGCGUCCACCGGCGGCUCCGCAAGAAAUACCGCGAAGUGGGAGACUUUGAUAAGAUUUGGCGAGAACACUGUGAAGAUGCAGAAACACUUUGUGAAUAUGCUGUUGCAAUGAAAAAUUUGGCAGAUAAUCACUGGGCAAAAACUUGCGAGGGUGAAGGUCGCAUUGAAUGGUGUUGUAGUGUAUGCAGAGAGUAUUUCCAAAAUGGUGGGAAGAGAAAAGCACUUGAGAAAGAUGAAAAACGAGCUGUCCUCGCCACUAAGACCACUCCAGCCUUAAACGUUCACGAGUCUUCUAAACUUGAAGGUCCUUUAACAAACCUCAGCUUUACAAGCCCUGAGUUUAUAACUGAGUUGCUUCAGGCCUCAGGAAAGAUAAGAUUACUUGACGUUGGCAGCUGCUUUAAUCCGUUUUUGAAGUUUGAAGAAUUUCUAACUGUUGGCAUAGAUAUUGUACCUGCUGUAGAGAGUGUGUAUAAGUGUGACUUCCUGAACUUGCAGCUGCAGCAGCCGCUCCAACUUGCACAAGACGCUAUAGACGCUUUUCUGAAGCAACUGAAAAAUCCUAUUGAUUCUCUUCCAGGAGAACUUUUUCAUGUGGUUGUUUUCUCUCUCCUCCUUUCCUAUUUUCCAUCACCCUACCAGCGAUGGAUUUGCUGUAAGAAAGCCCAUGAGCUGUUAGUGCUGAAUGGCUUACUGCUCAUCAUCACCCCCGACUCCUCCCAUCAGAACCGGCACGCCAUGAUGAUGAAGAGCUGGAAGAUUGCUAUAGAAUCCCUGGGCUUUAAGCGCUUCAAGUAUUCAAAAUUUUCUCAUAUGCAUCUCAUGGCUUUUAGAAAAACCUCCCUUAAAACCACGAGUGACUUGGUUAGUAGGAACUAUCCAGGGAUGUUAUAUAUUCCUCAAGAUUUCAACAGUGUAGAAGAUGAGGAGUAUUCUAACCCUUCCUGCUAUGUCCGAUCAGAUAUAGAAGAUGAACAACUAGCGUACGGUUUCACAGAGCUCCCUGAUGCUCCUUAUGAUUCAGAUUCUGGAGAAAGUCAAGCCAGCUCUAUCCCAUUCUAUGAGCUAGAGGAUCCCAUCUUACUUUUAAGCUAA